AUGAAUAAAACAUUAACAAAGUUUAUAUAUAUGUUUCUUCUUCUUUUAUUUGUAAAGAUAAAAUGUCAUUUUUUAAAGGAAAUUAAUAAUGUUGCACUUUUAGAUUCUAAAUAUUUCUACAUUAAAUUAAGGAGAAGAAAUAAUAGAAAUGUAUUACAUUUUUGUUUUAUUGAAAAUAACAUAAAACGAAAUAUAAAAAAAAAAAAAAUUUGUAAAAAAAAAUUAAUUUUAUUAAGUGAUUAUGUUACAAAUGAAGAUGGGAAGUCUUAUAAUGAAAGUACAAAAAAUAAGUAUAUAAGCCAAACUUUUGAGGGAAUUUCUAUUUAUCCUUUAAAACAAGAAGAUAAGGAAAAUCCAUUAAGAACAAAAAUACCUGCAAAUGAAUUUAAACCAAAAAGAAGUUUAGGUCAAAAUUAUUUAAAGGAUGAAAAUAUAAUUCGAAAGAUGGUAGAUGCAGUUGAAUUAGAUAUUAAUGAUUAUUUCUUUUUCAAAAAUAGUAAGGUUAAUGUUGAAAAAAAAAAUGAACAAAAUUGUAAGAAGGAAAAAAAUGAAAAUGAAAAAAAUAGUGAAUGUGAAAGUUUCGAAAAACAUAAUUUUGAAAGUAUAAAAAAUAAAGGAAAAGGAAUAAUAGAAUUGGGUUGCGGCUUAGGGCAAAUUAGCAAAUUUUUAUUUAGAAAAUAUCCAAAUAUGACAGGAAUAGAAAUAGAUAGUAGAGCAUUGUCAAUAAUUAGUAGAACAAUGCCAGGAUUUGAUUUUAUUCAUGAUGACGUAUUACAAGUAAAUUAUAGAGAAUUAUCAUUAAAUAAAAAGACAAAGUUAACUGUUAUUGGAAAUUUACCAUUUUAUAUAACUUCGCAAAUAUUAUUUUGCUUAUUAGAUUUUUAUAAAUAUAUAGAACAAGCAAUAGUUACUAUUCAAUAUGAAGUAGGACAAAGAAUAGUAGCUAAACCUAAUAAUAAAAAUUAUUCUAUUUUAAGUAUACUUUUUAGUUUAUAUUCUAAACCUUAUUUGCUUUUUAAAAUUCCUAGUAAAGCGUUUUAUCCUGUUCCGAAAGUAGAGGCUGCGGUUAUGAAGAUUAUUUUUAAAAAAGAAGAUUUUAAUUGUAAUUUACUAUUUUUAAAACAAAUUUUAAGGUAUGCAUUUCAGCAAAGAAGAAAAAAGUUAAAAUCAAGUUUAAAGCCAUUGCUUAAUCAAUAUAAUAUUAAUCAAAUUCCACAAUCAUUUAUAGACCUCAGACCACAACAAUUACUUCCAUGUCAGUUUAUUGAACUUACGAAUAUUUUAUUUCCGUUAAAUAUAUAUCCUUUUGAUCAAAAUAUUCAAACUAAAGUCUGGAGAAAAAAAAAACAUGGAGAAUAA